UUUUUUUUUUUUGGUUCCUUUCUUCUUCUUUCUUUCCCCACAUCUUUUUUUUUUUUAUUUCAAUAAAAUGACAGCUCAAAUUGCUCCUCCACCUAGCCUUGAUUUCACCAUCAAUGCUGAAGAUAUCCAUCGUAUCAACCAAGAAAUUAUGGAUGAAGACCUUCUUGUAAAUGAUGCCAUUGCUGCUUUGAAACCUGAAGAACAAACUUAUGAAAAUAUCGUUGUACCUUUAGUCAAGAUUGAAAACUCUUUGUCUGGCAAGAUCUCUUUACUUGGGUCUCUUAGUCAAAUCUCUCCUGAUGCUGCAGUUCGUGAUGCUUCCGUGGCGGCUGAAAAGAAAUAUGAAGAUUUUAGUAUUGAACAAGGAAUGCGACAUGAUUUGUAUACUGUGAUUCAAGGCUAUAUUGAUCGUACUGACUUGGAUAGUUUGGAUCAUGAAGAUGCCCGCAUGUUACGCAAGACUGCCCGUGGAUUCCGUCGUUCUGGAUUACAUCUUCCUGAAGAUCAACGCAACGAACUCACUGCUUUACGUAAACGUCUUAGUGAAGUGUGUAUUGAAUAUAUGCAAAACUGGAGUCGUGAAGAUAGCACUGUGAAGUUUACCAAGGAAGAACUAGAAGGCAUGGAUGAUGAUUUUCUUAGUGGAUUGAAAACAGAAGAAGAAGAUGGUAUCACCAAAUACAUCCUUACUAUGAAGUAUCCAGAUGUCCGCCCUGUUCUCAAGUUAUGCAAGAAUGAAAACACCCGCAAAACACAUUUGACUGCAUUUGAGUCUCGCAACCGUGAGAACAUUGUUUUAUUGGAAGAGGCUCUCAAUCUCCGUCGAAAAUGCGCAAAGAUCCUUGGUUUUGAUUCUCAUGCUGCUUACGUUCUUGAAGUGAAAAUGGCAAAAGAUGUUGAAAAAGUGAACAAGUUCUUGGAUGAUCUCAAAGUCAAGCUCCAUGAUGCUGGUCUUAAAGAAAUUGAAACAAUGAAGGAACUCAAGAAGAAAGAAAAAGAAGAACGUGGUGAACCUUAUGAUGGUAGCUUCAAUGCUUGGGAUACCAGUUACUAUGAACGUAUCUUGUUAGAAAGCCAAUAUUCUGUUGAUCAAGAAGAAAUUAAAAAAUAUUUCAGUUUGGAAACAACCAUUGCAAAAAUGUUGGAUAUUUAUGAAAAGGUGUUAGGAUUGAAAUUUGUUAAGGUUCCUUCCUCCAAAGCAGUGGUAUGGCAUCCUGAUGUGCAAUUGUAUGAAUGCUGGGAUAAUGUUGAAGACAAACACUUUUCUGGUUAUAUGUAUUUGGAUUUGUUCCCUCGCGAUUCAAAAUAUCCUCAUGCUGCUUGUUUCCCUCUUCAUCCUUCUUAUUUGGAUACCAAUGGUGAACGUGUUCCUCCUAUUGCUGCCAUGGUUGCUAACUUUACUAAACCAACACAAACCAAGCCUUCGUUAUUGAAACAUGAUGAAGUUGUUACUCUUUUCCAUGAAUUGGGUCACGUUAUGCAUCAUCUAUGUAGUCGUACAAAGUAUGCUAGAUUCCAUGGUACUUCUGUUGAAGGUGAUUUUGUCGAAGCUCCCUCUCAGAUGUUGGAAAACUGGUGUUAUGAUACUAAUUCUCUCAAGAUUCUCUCAUCUCACUUUGAAACAAAGGAACCUAUUUCAGAUGAAAUGAUUGAUCGUAUCAUCAAAGCUAAGAAUGUCAAUGCUGCUGUGAUGAAUUUGCGUCAAUUGUUCUUUGGUAUUUUCGAUAUGACCAUCCAUACUUCUGAAGAUGAACAUUUGGAUAGUACAAAGGUAUAUAAUGACCUUCGUAAGGAAAUUUCUUUGGUCGAUGCUCCUGAGGGAAGUUGCGGUCAAGCAGCAUUUGGACAUUUGAUGGGUGGAUAUGAUGCUGGAUAUUAUGGAUAUAUGUGGUCAAAGGUCUUCUCUAGUGAUAUGUUCUUUAGCAAAUUUGAAAAAGAUCCUCUUUCUGGUGAAACUGGCUAUGCUUAUCGUAAAUCUAUUUUGGAAAAAGGCAGUAGCAUUGAUGGUAUGGAUAUGUUGAAGGAUUUCCUUGGUAGAGAACCAUCUUCUGAUGCAUUCAUGCGAGAAGAUAUUGGUGUCCAAUAGGAUUUAGACUGAAUUUAGUAUAAAUUGAAAAGUUUCGUCCUUUUUGAAUAAAAAUAAAAUAAAAAAAAAGAAAUGGUCGUGCAACAUUCAUAUUCCGACUUUUUUUUUUCGUUCUUUUGUCUCCUCUUUUUUUUUUUGUUCUACAAUAGAUUGGGGCUUCUUUUUUUUUUAUUAUUUAUUUAUUUAGUAUUUUUACUUUAUUUAUUU